AUGAGCUGGAGUUUUCUCACUCGUCUCCUGGAAGAGAUCCACAACCACUCCACCUUCGUGGGGAAAGUGUGGCUGACUGUGCUCAUCAUCUUUCGCAUUGUGCUCACUGCGGUUGGAGGUGAGUCCAUCUACUCCGAUGAGCAGACCAAGUUCACCUGUAACACCAAGCAGCCCGGUUGUGACAACGUAUGCUACGAUGCCUUUGCUCCUCUCUCCCAUGUCCGCUUCUGGGUCUUCCAGAUCAUCAUGAUCUCCACUCCCUCUGUCAUGUACAUGGGUUAUGCCAUCCACAAGAUAGCCCGAACUUCAGAGGCAGAACGCAGGAAGCAUCACAGGCUCCUCAAAAAACCACCCCCUCACUCCAGAUGGAGAGAAAGCCAUCACCUGGAGGAUGUCUUAGAAGAGGAGGAAGAUGAUGAUGCUGAGCCCAUGAUUUAUGAAGAUACACUGGAAGUGCAGGAAGCCAAAGCUGAGCCAGUAAACAGCACUAUCAAAGACCCACCAAAGCAUGAUGGCCGCCGAAGAAUUAUGCAAGAAGGACUGAUGCGAAUCUAUGUUCUUCAACUCAUGUCACGAGCUAUUUUUGAAAUCGCUUUCCUUGCAGGACAGUAUCUCCUCUAUGGUUUUCAAGUUAGUCCAUCAUAUGUGUGCAACAGGGUUCCCUGCCCACACAGAGUGGACUGUUUCAUCUCAAGGCCCACUGAGAAAACAAUCUUCCUCCUCAUCAUGUAUGUGGUAAGCUGUCUUUGUCUAGUGCUAAAUAUUUGUGAGAUGCUUCACUUGGGAAUUGGCACUUUUCGGGACACCCUUCGCCUGAAGAGGAACCGGAGCCGACGGAUGUCCUAUGGCUUCCCGUUCUCCCGCAAUAUUCCAGCCUCCCCUCCGGGGUACAACCUAGUGAUGAAGACAGAAAAACCUAGCAGGAUCCCCAACAGCCUCAUCACUCAUGAGCAGAACAUGGCCAAUGUGGCCCAGGAGCAGCAAUGCACCAGCCCAGAUGAGAACAUCCCUUCUGAUCUUGCAAGCCUACACCGUCACUUACGGGUUGCCCAGGAGCAGCUUGAUAUGGCCUUUCAAACAUAUCAAACUAAAAACAACCAGCAAACCUCCAGAACCAGUAGUCCUGUAUCUGGGGGCACAAUGGCAGAGCAAAAUCGAGUCAAUACAGUCCAGGAGAAACAAGGAGCAAGACCGAAGUCAGCCACAGAGAAGACUGCAACCAUUGUAAAAAAUGGAAAGACCUCUGUUUGGAUAUAGAGAUACAUUUUAAUAGUAUAUUAACAGUAAAAGUCUUUUAAGACUCCAGGACUGCACUGUGACACAGCUGGAGGAUUUGUGUGUGAGAUACGACCUCGGACAACAUCAACUGAGAAUUUCAAUCACACAAUUUGAAGGUGUACAGUAUACAGUCGGCCUAGUUUUUUUGGAAAAAAAACCCAAAAAACACACACACAUGAAGAAACGAUCGAUCAAAUCCAGUAUCAUGAAUCCUCUUUGUUACUGUAGUGUGUCAUUUUGUGCUUUUCAUAGUUUUGGACUUGGUUAACAUAUGCUUACUUAGCUAAACAUAUCUAAUUCUAAAAUGUCAAAGUAUAAACAGACUGCUUCAAGUUAUUUAUCUGAGCUACCCUUGACUACCGCUGAACUGGAUUCAUUUGAAAGAGUUUGGCUUUGAAAGUGUGUGAUAGUGCCCUAAAUCCAAUUUGAACAUGUAGUGCAAAACACUGUACAAUGACUCAUUUCUGGAGAAGGAUGAUUGCUGAUUGUUGUUGGAAAGAUGCAUGUUUAAUAUUUGGGGAAGUACUUUCGGAUGUAGUGUGGAUGUGUGUUGCUGGAAGCAGAUUAAAUGUGAAAUAUUUUGAUAAAGAUAAUGAAA